UGUAGGUUUUCUUUCACCAAAUGAGGGGAACCAACUAUUUAGUCUAAUAUUUUCCCACCUUAGGAAGCUGAAGUAAAGACGGAAAAACAGCCUCAUCUAGAGUUCAUUAAAGCUGAAGCUACUGCCAACAGCCUAGUAUCCUCCCAGCCUGGCUUUUUACUGGAAUCACUGGGGGUUUAUCUGACUGCUGAUUGGUGGAUUAACUUCCUGUAAUCUGCUCAGCAGGAGCGCAUUCGUUCCUCUGCAUGCACUCACUCGUCUCUCUGCAACCAUUAAAGCUUGGACGUGUCGCUCCGAUAUUUAAUUUGACUCAGUCUGAUGUGGUUUUGAUCAGGGAGCAGGUAUGACAAUCAGAACGGCGCGUCCGAACAGGGGGCAGCAUUUCAGGCCGCGUACGCACUGCCUCAAAAAGCUCGAUGCCAUUGUGGUGGAGAUGCAGGACCCAAAGACCGGGGUCAAAGGGUCAGAGCAGAAACUGAAUGUGAACACAAUCCCACAUGCCAUCACCGGCAGCAACAUAAUCGCUUGGAUUAGAAACAAGAUGAAGACAACCACAGAAGAGGCUGAGGUGUUUGGCACCAUGCUAGUGGCCUAUGGCUACAUCUACCCCCUGCAGAACCAUAAGAAGCUGGUGAUGUGCAAUGACAGCAGCCUUUACCGCUUCCAGACCCCCUACUUCUGGCCGACGCAGCAAUGGGUUCCAGACGACUCUGAUUACGCCAUUUAUCUGGCAAAGAGGAACAUCCGCAAGAAAGGCAUGCUGGAACCCUAUGAGCAGGCUCAUUAUAACCACCUGCAUGAAUGGCUGAACCAUAAAUGGGACUUCAUUGUAAUGCAGGCAACAGAGCAGUACAAGGCAGGUAGAGACAGGAACAAGGCAGACCGGGUGGUGAUGGACUGCCAGGAGAGAGCCUACUGGAUGGUGAACAGGCCUCCGCGGCGCACUCACAGCGCUCUGGACUCUGGCCCAGAACGGCUGAUCAAUCCCAACCUGGAGGAGAAAAUCACCUUCGACCAAUACAGGCGGAUGAAUAUUUUCUACCAGCAAGCAAUCAUGAGAUCAAAGGUCAAAUCCAGUGUUUCCCUUGGGGCGUUGCUCAAGUACAUCACAUCCUACAAAAACCACGAUGCUUUCCUGGCUCCCUGUCUGCCCAGCAAUCCCUGGCAAACUGACCAUGAUGCAUACUGGACUCUGAACAUGAGAAGGGUUGAAGUUCCCACUAAGAUGCGAGUGGAGCGCUGGUCCUUCAGCUUCUUUGAGCUUCUGACUGACCUGCGAGGCCGAGACGAUUUUAAGAUCUUUCUGAAGAAGGAGUUCAGUGGUGAGAACCUGGCCUUCUGGGAAGCAGCUGAGGAACUGAAGUGGGGCACCGCCUCUUCCAUGUCAGCAAAGGCUGAGACCAUCUUUAAGACCUUCCUGGCGCCGGGGGCCCCUCGCUGGAUCAACAUCGAUGGGCGGACCAUGGGGCUGACAGUGAAAGGUCUGGAGCAUCCUCACCGCUAUGUCCUGGAGGCGGCGCAGACGCAUGUUUUCAUGCUCAUGAAGAAGGACACCUUCUUCCGUUACCUCAAGUCACCAACCUACAAGGAGAUCCAGAAGAAGGCCCUGAACCCUGAAGCCCAUAACUUCAGUCCAGCCCAGCUAGAGGAAAACGCUCGGAACCGGAGCGCCGGCAUCCAUCCCAUCAUCCUGUGGCAGCAGGAGGAGGAGGAGAAGGCCAAGGCCGCCGUUGCAGCGGCUCCAGUCGACGUCAAGGCUGUGAUGAGCAAAAUAGACAGGAAGAAGUAGAGAAAAGUGAUCCUGAAUUAGGUGGAACCAGGAACCAGAGCUGCUGUAGGGUCUGAGUUCUGCUUAGCAAAGAUUCCCCGUUCCCAUAAUGAGACAUAAAAUGUUUGACCUGAGGAGGUUUAGGUGAAGGUGCUUCAUGCAGAGCGCUGCACAGACCCAAUAAAAGGAUACGACUGGUGAAACAUCACA